CAGGGGUGUGCCUCAGAACAAAAAUCCCCUGGAUGUAGGCUGAUUGCAGGAUUCACAAUGUUAGGUUAAGUAUGCAAUUUACAGGAAGGGAAUCUGUCGAGGAGCACAGCGCUUGUGUGGGCAACCGGGCUGGAGGAGAAACUAAGCCUUGAAGGGGGAAGAAAAAGGAGGAGAGAAAAAACACAGUGCUCAAGGCAACCAAACAAGUCUGGACUUAAGAACAGGAGAGUUCCUGCCCGGGUGACAGUUAGAGCUCUGGCAGCGUGUUAGCCUGCAGAGAGCCUCCCAAACACAGCACCAGCAGGAAGAACAGGCACUUUUAAACAACCCUUCCCAUCGCUGUGUUUCAUUUCUGUUUUUCCAUUUGGGUUUUGAUCGUGAACUCUCAUUUGGCCCCUGCGCUUUGAUUUCUGAAGGGAUUAUGAACAGGAGGAGGUGACUAAUCCUUUGGCCAGGUAAACAAAAUGUGGGGUAUCAUUUCCUUUGCUGUGUUGGCGACUCUUCUGCCUAGAAGUGCUGCUCAAGGUCAGUGUAACAGUGUGAGGGAAGCUGAUGUUGUGUUUUUGGUGGAUGGAUCAUCCAGCAUCGGACGUUCCAACUUCCAGUUGGUGAAAGGCUUCAUGUCAGGCCUGGUGAAACCCUUUGCCAGUGCUGUGGGGGGGUCGGGUGUGCGCUUUGGAGUGGUGCAGUACAGUGACUCUUCAAGGAUGGAGUUCCCCUUUGGAAGAUAUACGAAUGGAACAGAGGUUGUGGCUGCUGUGGAAAAUAUCCAGUAUAAGAAUGGGGGCACUCGCACUGGGGAUGGGCUCAAGUUCAUCGUUGAUAAUUUCUUCAGCCCUCCGAACAUUCGAGAUGUUCCAAAGAUUGUCAUCGUUAUUACUGAUGGGAAGUCACAGGACCCUGUUACGGAUCUUGUUCAGAGGUUACGCAAUCUUGGGGUCAAGAUCUUUGCCUUGGGUAUAAAAAGUGCGGACCAGAGGGAGCUGGCUCAGAUAGCCUCCUCCCCACAGAACUACUUCUCCAUGUUCAUCAGCAACUUUAAGGGCCUCAGCUCUGUGCUGCCACAGGUUUCCCCACGAGUGUGUGCUACUGCAGGGGGAACAUAUUCCAGUGAUGAGGCCCUUCCGGGUCCAUCUAACCUGCAGUUUACAGGCAGCACCACUGACUCACUGCGCUUCCGGUGGAGCCCAGCAGGAGGCCAAGUCACUGGCUACCUGAUCCAGUACACACCUAUCUCUGGACUGGGACAGCCAAUCAGCACAGAGCUACGACAGGUGACAGUUGGAGCUGAUCAGCAGAGUUACACCGUUCAGACCCUGCGUUCUGGCACUGACUACCUGGUCUCAGUCAUUGCCCAGUACCCAAACAGCGUCGGAGAGGCUGUAUCUGCUAAAUCUAGCACCAAGUCAUCUCAGGGUGUGUCGUCGCUGCGUGUGUUACGUUCCGGUUUCUUCUCCAUCUCCUUGGCCUGGGAUGCCCCCACCAAUCAACCACAAGGCUACAGGGUAACCUAUGGGCCCAGAAGUCAGCCAGCCUCACAGCUGGAGCAGAAGCUGUCCCCUGGUGUUACCACAGUGACACUGGACCGUCUGCAGGCGGAUACUGAGUACAUAGCUAGCGUUCUCCCCCUGUUUCCUGGAAAUACAACAACACCCACUAGGAUAUCUGCUAAAACCUUGCGUUUAGAGGCAGUGAGACAGCUGACUGUUGAAACAAUCUCAGAGAGAAGCGUUGGUGUUCGCUGGAGAGCUGCAGAUGGAGCCAAGGCUUACCGGCUCGUCUGGGGACCUUUCACAGGUCGUAAUGUGGAGACGCAAGAGGUCAGCACAGAGUCUUACACACUCUCUAGUCUUCAGCCUGACGUUGAGUACAUCAUCACUGUCAUCGCUCUCUAUGACAACAACACAGAGGGCCCUGCAGCCACAGCCAGGUUCAAAACAGAGCGUUUUGAACAGCAGGUGCUCAGAGCCACACCCACAGGCCCCUCCUCCAUCAGACUGACCUGGAACCUGAUCAGAUCUGCCAGAGGCUACCGCAUAGAGUACAAGAGAGACGGGGCCGCUGUUGAAAGGGUGACGUUACCCCAGGGCACCAUCACUCAUGAGCUGCGUGAGCUGCAGCCCCAGACUGAGUACAUCAUCACGCUCUACACACUGUAUGAGGGCCGAGAGGAGGCCACACCUGUGUCCACCACACCUCACGCGGCUAAGGUCCAAGACCUGCGGGUGACAAACGUGAACAGCCGACGAAUCAGGAUUGCUUGGACGAAGGUUUCCGGGGUGACUGGCUACAGAAUCACCUGGAGACAAGGCAACAGUGGUGUCCAGUUCCGUGAGCUUUCCUCAGACCUCUCAGCCUUCACCAUUGAGGGGCUGCAGCCAGAUGAGUAUGUGCUGCUGAGUGUUUCCGCGGUGAUUGACGGAACCGUGGGCGAGGCGGUGACUUUGAACAGCCGGACACACGGCUACAGCAUCUCUGGGCUCCGCAUCGUGGACGUGACCUCCAGGAGUAUACGCGUCACCUGGGACACCGUGUCCUCGGCAACGGGAUACAAAAUCAGCUGGCGUCAUAACAAUGGUGCGGAAUCCUCCAGGAAUGUGGCAUCCGGUGUGACCUCACACACUAUUGAUGGGCUGGAGGAGAAUGCGUCCUACCGCGUAGCUGUCUCGGCUCUCAUUGGCUCAACCGAGGGGACUCCAGCCACAGUGCUCACCAGGACAGUGACUGGCGGGGUCGUUGGCACAGUAACAGAGCUAAAGGUGCUGGCGCCACAGGACGAGGAAGUCAGGGUCACAUGGGUCGGAGUUCAGGGGGCAACAUCCUACCGUGUCGUCUGGAGGAAAACUGAAGGUGGUGAGGAGCAGAGUAAGCUGGUGGGGAGUGGUGUGACCUCAGUGGACCUGGAGCAGCUGGAGCGCGGGGCCCAGUACGAGGUGCAGGUCAUGGCACUGGUGCAGGACCAGGAGGGCUCACCAGUCUCUGUCAGGGUCACCACACCUGGCAUAGCAGUGGAGCGUGUGGAGGGACUGCAGGUGUUGGAGGCGAGACCAGGAAACCUGCGUCUGACCUGGAGAGCAGUAACAGGGGCUACUGGAUACAGGGUAUACUGGAGUACAACAGGAGAGGCAGAGAGAAGCCAGUCUAUCCGGAGGGAUGUGACCUCAUACGACCUGGAAGGACUUCGGCCUGGCCUGAGCUACAACAUUCGAUUCGCCGCACUUUUCCGAGACAGAGAGAGCGAGACAGUCACUGUCAGGGCCACUACAACUGCUCUUAGAUCGGUGUCCAAUUUACGGGUGAUCGAUAUUACCCAGAAUUCAAUGCUUCUGGGGUGGACGCCAAUGCCAGGUGCCACAUCUUAUGUUCUGCGAUGGAGAGAGGAAAGAGACACAGGAGAGGGGCAGACGCAGGUGAUGAACGGGUCAGCAAACUCGUUCCGUGUGUCUGGACUGAGGCUGGGCAGGCGCUAUGUGUUCUCCCUACAGCCCUCCUUCCAGAACCAGGUCGGACCUGUGGCUACUGUAGAGGAGCGCACAGUGUGUGUGGACGGGCGUCUGGAUGUGGUGUUCCUGGUCCCCGCGUCUCGAGAUCGCUCUCGUCUGAAGGAGCCUGUCCUCUCUCUGCUCGCCAGCGCAGCAGGAACACUCACCACCAUCGGCUCCAGAGAUUCCCAGAUGGGGGUCUUAGUGUACAGCGAUGUGCCCAGAGUGCACUUCCUACUCAAUCGCCAUAGCAACAGUCAGACUCUACUCCAGGAGAUUCUGUCGACCCCCUUCUCAGCUGGCCCUGGGAAUGCAAUAAGUCAGGCACUGACAUAUACACAGAAAUUCUUCCUGACUUUGUCGGCCGGCAGAAGACGUGUGCCGGGAGUCGUGGUACUCAUUGCCGAUGCCAAAUCUACUGAUGAUGUCAUCAGGGCAGCAGCUGAACUCAGGGCCACAGGUGUGACAGUGCUGGCAGUAGGGAUUGGUCGGGCUGACUCUGCGGAGCUACGGCGUGUGGUAACUGACGGCAGCACCCAGAACCUGCUGUCCGUGUCUGACGUGGCGCAGCUGUACCGCUACCACCCUGAACUGGCCGACCUGCUGUGCGGCGUCGCCAGGGGGACGGGAACAACGGGUCCUGAUGGAGACCAGUGCACUGUUCAGUGCCCUAACGGUGAGAAAGGAGGACCUGGACAAAAAGGGGAAGCAGGACGUGAUGGGCUUGUUGGCAGAAAGGGAGAUCCUGGACGUGAUGGGUUGCCGGGCAGAGAGGGCCCUCGAGGGCCAGAGGGGCAACCAGGUCGGACUGCAGGGCCUUCAGGGGGAGGAGAGAAAGGAGAAAGGGGGUUUCCAGGGUUGGAUGGGAGUCCUGGAGUCCCCGGCCGCCCAGGAACUGCCGGCACCCUUGGAAUACCGGGAUCUCAGGGUGUUCCUGGAGUCAGAGGAGAUCCUGGGGAGCCAGGAGCAUCUGGGCCUCUAGGUGGGAAGGGAGAGAAAGGACAAAAGGGUGAAUCAGACGGAGCAGCUGGAGCUGGAUUACCAGGGAGGAAGGGAGAGCCAGGAAUCCCUGGACUACCGGGUCGCCCAAGUACUGAUGGGGCAAAGGGAGUUGCUGGAUCACCUGGAUUGGAUGGUCGCCCUGGGAUACCUGGCACCCCUGGUGUCUCCUCUAAAGGUGAUAAGGGAGACAGGGGAGAGAGGGGGCUCCCAGGAUUUGGCAGUGGUGUGGCAGUUAAAGGGGAGCCUGGAACACCCGGGACACCAGGGCUUCCAGGCCCAAUAGGUCCAAAUGCACUGCCGGGAUUGAGGGGAUCCAAAGGCGACAAGGGUGAGAGCUCAGAGGGUCAGCCGGGACCCCCAGGAAGUCAAGGAGAGCCCGGGGACCGAGGUCCAAGAGGGCCCCCUGGUGAAAGAGGAAUUAAGGGUGAUCGGGGCCAAGGAGGUCAACCAGGGAUUCAAGGAGACAGGGGAGAGAGAGGACCAGCUGGGCCCUUAGCAGAGAAGGGGGAGUCUGGUAAACCUGGCCCUUCAGGGCCUCCUGGACCCCGCGGUUUGGCAGGGCCAAGUGCACUUCCAGGAGAGAAGGGAAGCAAAGGCGAAUCGGGAGAGCCUGGAGGUGGUGGUAGUAUCCUGCCGGGGAGGAAAGGAGAGCGGGGGGAGACGGGACUUGCUGGUCCUGAUGGUCCCAGAGGAGAGAAGGGGGAGCGGGCACUGAAGGGCGAUAAAGGCCUCCCUGGUGUUGGUCUGCAAGGCCCCGCAGGAACUAAAGGAGAACAAGGGGAUCGAGGGACAGCUGGCCUGGGGGGCAGACCUGGAGUAAAGGGUGACCGCGGUGAACCAGGGGAGAAUGGGGAGGCUGGUAGAAAUGGGUCCCCAGGACCGCCAGGCCUACGGGGGAAAGAGGGAGAGAAGGGAGACAAGGGAGAUGAAGGAACUGCAGGCGAGCCAGGGUUGGCAGGCAAGGCUGGGGAGCGUGGUGUGCGGGGUUUACCAGGACCAUUAGGACGAGUGGGGGAGAAAGGAGACAUAGGUGAUCCUGGGGAGCAUGGGCGUAAUGGCAGUCCUGGGUCUAUUGGACCACGGGGGAUUAAGGGAGAUCAGGGGAUUCAGGGGCUUCCUGGUCCUCCGGGAACAGCGGUUGAAGGUGACAAACAGCUGAAACCGGAAAGAGGCGAAAAGGGUGACGCAGGAGACCCAGGGGAACACGGGGGUAAAGGUCAGAGAGGAGAGGCAGGUGUGCAGGGGCCUCCAGGACCACAGGGAACUGAAGGACUGAGAGGACUUCCAGGGUCCAGAGGUGAAACAGGCCUGAGGGGCAGUGCUGGAGAAAAGGGAGAGAGAGGAGCUGCUGGAUUGGAUGGUCGUAAUGGUCUGGAUGGGAAACCUGGAACACCUGGAGUUGUUGGACUGAGAGUAAGGAAAUCUGUCCUCCUAAAACUUCAGUUUAGUCAUCAUUUAGUUUGGCGUGAAAAAUGAUCUUCUUAUCAUUGAAGAUAUGAACAUUUCAAGACUUGAAAUAACGUAAUUAGAUAUUUCAACCAUCUACUUCAGGCAAACUAUAUGACAUGGGUCAACUAGUAUAGUUAGCUAAGAUCUCACAAGUGAACUUACA